CGAGUCACGACUCACGACUGAGUGGGCGAGAAAGAGAGUGGCGGCCAUGGUGAUGGAGUUAGAAGAGGAAGGGGAGAAGCUGGUAACACCGGGUGAAGUGCUGGGGAAGUCAUCGAGUCUAAUAGCUGGGAAGGGUACAUACGUUGCUCCCCACAAUCACAUCGUCUAUGCUUCCCUCAACGGACGCCUCACCACCAUUCCUCCUUUCCCUGAUUCAUCGGACCAGAGACCAACUGUUAAGGUCACUGGUCACAAGGCCCAUGGUGCCGUCCCAGAACCCGGCUCCAUUGUUAUUGCACGCAUAACUAAAGUGAUGGCUAGAAUGGCUUCAGCCGACAUAAUGUGUGUUGGUGCCAAGUCCGUCAGAGAAAAGUUUACUGGCAGUAUUAGGUGA